AUGGCACCGCAGCUUGGGAAACGUAAGCGCGUCACGCGCGAGGAGCUCGAAAGGCCAUCACGAUCGCCGUCGCCUGCGUCCGGGUCCGACAAUGAAGACUUGCAGGAGCUGUUCCGGCGCGCAUUCGAGGCGAAAUUCAAGCCGCUAGACGUGGCGCCCAAGAAGCCGAGAAUCGAAGAGACACCAACAGUGGACGAAGCAGAGGAAGACGAGGAGGAGUCAGACUGGUCAGGCCUCAGCGACGACGAAUCAAACAAAGUCGAAGUGAUCGAAUACAAAGACGCUACGUAUGACUCCGACGAAGAGGCCUCCAAAGCCGCAAAGCGCGCCUUCAUGUCCUCGAAACCGCCCAUGACCGCCGCUCCCCCAUCCGGCAAGCUCGCCGUUAAGAAGAAGUCCGCCGACGCCGACGAGACGGGCGAAACGGCUAACCUCAAAAACGACCUCGCUCUCCAGAAACUGCUUCGCGAAUCCCACCUCCUCUCCGCCUCGUCCUCCGGCGCCUCAACACCCACCCUCACUACCUCGGGCAUUGCGCGUCACAAGUCCACAGACCUGCACCUGCAGAGCUUAGGCGCAAAGGGAAGCGUCUUCACGCAGAAGAAGAUGCCCAUGGCGCAGCGGAAAAACAUGGCCCAGAAAGCGCGGCUGACCGAGGAAAAGAGGCGGCACGAUGCACGAGAAGCCGGUGUCAUCUUGGAGCGGGAGCAGAGAGUCGGCAUGAAGGAUAAGGAUAAGAAGAGAGAGAGGGGCGUGGGCGGCCCGAGUAUUGGCAAGUUCAGGGGCGGCACGCUGAGUCUCAGUAAGAAGGAUGUCAGGAGCAUCACCGGCGGGCCAGGAAGUCAGGGUGGGAAGGGCGCGAAGGGCAAAGGGAAGGGCAAGCCAAGGCGAUGA